GGUUCAGAGUUUUAAAACUCAAGAAGCAGUUGACUGUCGGUUCACUUCUACUAAUAAAUUAGCUCACCAAGAUGCAUUGGUUAAUUCCGGUGGUCCUUUUAUUUAUUUGUCAUUUCUCAUCUGGGGACACGCUCCUGGCACCUUGUGACAGUAAGAUCUACUGCACUGGAGAAGUCCUGCGACAGGUCCAGAUGGCCAAACUGUUUGAUGAUGACAAGUACUUUGUAGAUAUGAAGUUGACUACUGCUCCUGAGGUCGUUGUGGAGGCUUUUGCCAAUCUGAGCUCAGGGUUCCCAAACAAGACCGUCCCGUCCUCUGAGCUACAGAGAUUCCUGCAAACAUACUUUGAAGAGCCGGGUAAGGAGUUUGAGCAGUGGACUCCUCCUGACUGGCAUUCAAAACCAAAAUUCUUGUCCAGGGUGUCUGACUCCAAAUAUCGAAGUUGGGCUGAAGAACUGCACAGUUUAUGGAAGUCACUUGGUCGAAAGAUUCGGGAUGACGUCAGAGACCACCCAGAGCUCUACUCACAGAUUUACACCCCACACCCAGUCGUCGUGCCUGGUGGCCGCUUUAGGGAACUCUAUUAUUGGGACUCGUAUUGGGUAAUAAAUGGUCUCCUUUUGUCAGAGAUGACAGAGACAGCUCGAGGAAUGAUUCUGAACUUUGUGCACCUGGUGAAAAGAUACGGCUUCGUCCCAAACGGUGGUCGGGUUUAUUACGAGCGGCGUAGUCAGCCUCCCUUCCUUCCGUCGAUGGUGGAAAGCUUCUAUGAGGUCAGCGGAGACAAAGACUUCCUCGGGCAGGUUUUGCCAGCCCUGGAAACAGAGUACAGCUUUUGGAUGCAGAAUCGCUCUCUUGCUGUGGAGAUGAGUGGACUGACUCACAUUAUGAAUCGAUAUAACGUACCGGUGGACUGGCCGAGACCCGAGUCGUACAGUGAUGAUGUAGAACUUGCUGAGGGCCUGUCAGCAGAGGCUCAGAAGAAACUUUGGAUAGAACUGACAUCUGGUGCGGAGUCGGGCUGGGAUUUCUCUUCUCGCUGGUAUAUAGACGGCACAGGCAGGAACAACGGCACCCUGAGCAACACACAGACAAGCUCCAUCCUGCCUGCUGACCUCAAUGCCAUUAUGUGCCGCAAUGAGCGUCUGCUGGCCUCCUUCCACAGGAUUCUGGGUAAUGAAGAGAAGGCAGUGGAAUAUGAGAAGGCACUUUCUGCUAGAAUUAAAGCAGUUGAAAGUCUACUGUGGGAUGCAGAAAGAGGAGCCUGGUUUGAUUUCAGCCUGUUAAAUGAGACCCGGCAUCUGUCCUUCUACCCAUCUAACCUGGUGCCCCUCUGGGCGCAGUGUUACUCUAACCCAGAAAUGGCCAGUCGGGCUGUGCAGUACCUGACGGGUAGUGGAGGUCUGGACUAUCCUAACGGGGUUCCCACCUCUCUUAGGGAAAGUGGGCAGCAGUGGGACAUGCCCAACGCCUGGCCUCCGCUUCAGCACAUGAUUAUAGAGGGUCUCUCUGGGCUCGAUUCAGCCCACGCUAAAGAGCUCGCCUUCAGUUUGUCCCAACGGUGGAUUCAGACCAACUGGCGGGCGUACGUCAAAUAUGAGGCCAUGUUUGAGAAGUACGAUGUCAACGGUGAUGGAAAGCCCGGAGGAGGUGGCGAGUAUGAAGUUCAGUUGGGAUUCGGAUGGACCAAUGGGGCCGCUCUGCAGCUGCUUAACCAGUAUGGUGACAGGCUGAGCUCUGGAGGGAGUGGCUUGAGUGCCAGCAUUCUGAUCGGACUCGUCUAUCCUAUCUUAAAAUCUCUGUUCUGUUCCUGAUCCGUGAUGUCUGGAGUACCGAAGCUGAAAUGAUUCUGUCUGACUUGCAUGCUUUAUUAGAUUGAAGAUGGAACCCAAAAAGGUUUUUACAGUGAAGGUUCAUAAGGUUUGUAAACAUUAGUAACUGCUUUUUUUAGCAUUAGUUCAUGUUAACUAGUCUUCGUAAAUUCUAUUACUAUGUGGUGACAUUUUGUUAAACUCAUCUAUUAAGUAACAUUUAUUAGACCUGACAAAAUACAGCCUACUAACUUUAUUAUCCUAGUGUUUUUUGGCACAUGUAUACAUUUUUUUUUAACCAUACAGUGCAUUUUUAGCUAUUGCUACAAAUAUAACCAUGCACACUCACCUGAAGACUGCGUAUUUUAGUGAUAUACCCAAAAGUAACUAGGGUAAAAUAAUAACGCAGUCUGCAAGGCUGUGAUAUGAACGUGUAGCUGAUACAAUCCAAUGGAAAAUUGUAGACAUCAUGUUAUAUUUUUUCAGGUUCAUUGUCUUAGGUAGUAAUUAAUGUCUCUGCAGUGGCAGGAUCAGAAGAUUAUCAUCAUGACUAAAACUGAGCUGACAUUACAAAUGGUAAUUUGCACUAAUCCAAUUAGAAGGCUUAUUGCUGAUCGGAACUUUGCACAUGCUGUGUACGAGGAAUAUGAUCAUUAAAAGCGUUCGUUUGACUCACA